GAGAUGAGCAGUGAACCCAGAGGGAAAGGUUCUGGGCGAGGAAGAGGUGGCUUUCAGAGAUGGCGAGGAAGAGGAGCAUGGCAAGGGAGAGGAAAAGGACGUGGACAGAGAGGAGAGGGGAAAAGUGCUGGGAAGUCAGAGUCUGCUCUGCCUCAGUUCAUUCAGAUGACUCUGGAUCAGAUUCCUACUUACAGAGGCUGGAAACUAUAUUUCUCUGAAGCAUAUGAUGACAACUCCCCUUUUGUUCAGAAGAUUGAAGCAUUUGAGAAAUUUUUUGUGUCUCGAAUAGAGCUUUAUGAUAAGGAUGAAAUAGAAAGAAAAGGAAGUAUUCUUGUGGAUUAUAAAGAGCUGGCACAUGAUAAAGAAUUAAUGGAAUCAAUGCCCGAUAUUGCUUCUGAAUUAAGAGAUAUGCCACAAAAGAUAUUGGACUGCAUGGGCCUAGCUAUACAUCAGGUGCUAAGCAAAGAUCUUGAAAAACAUGCCGCACAACUUCAGGAACAAGAGGGACUGUCCAUUGAUGAAGAACCCAUAAUUAAUGUACCAUAUAUUCAUGCAAGAGUGUACAACUAUGACCCACUUACUCAGCUUAGGAAUAUUCGAGCCAAUUGCUAUGGGAAAUUUGUGGCUUUGCGUGGGACUGUGGUGCGUGUCAGUAACAUUAGGCCUAUCUGCACCAAGAUGGCAUUUAUAUGCAGUGCCUGUGGAAAUACUCAGAGUUUCCCUUUACCUGAUGGCAAAUAUACUCUUCCUACAAAGUGUCCUUUGCCUGAAUGUCAUGGACGAUCAUUCACUCCUGACAGAAGUUCUCCUUAUACAGUUACUGUGGACUGGCAGUCUAUUAAGAUUCAAGAGCUCAUGUCCGAUGAUCAGCGAGAAGCGGGAAGAAUUCCUCGAACAAUAGAAUGUGAACUGGCACAGGACCUGGUAGACAGCUGCGUUCCGGGAGAUGUGAUUACCGUCACAGGCAUUGUCAAAGUGUCAAACACUGAGGAAGGAGCAUCUAGAAAUAAAAAUGAUAAAUGUGUCUUCCUGUUGUACAUCGAAGCAAACUCUAUCAGCAACACUAAAGGACAGAAAGUCAAGGACUAUGAACAUGGAGUAAACCACCAAGCCGGCAUGGAGUUUUCACUUAAAGAUCUUUAUGCUGUCCGGGAAAUACAAGCAGAAGAGAACCUGUUUAAGCUCAUUGUCAAUUCUCUUUGUCCUACUAUCUACGGUCAUGAGAUUGUGAAAGCUGGCUUAGUGUUGGCAUUGUUUGGAGGCUGUCAAAAGUAUAUGGAUGAUAAAAAUCGGAUUCCUAUUCGAGGAGACCCUCAUCUUCUGGUGGUUGGAGAUCCAGGACUGGGGAAGAGUCAGAUGUUGCAAGCUGUAUGCAAUAUUGCACCUCGUGGUGUGUAUGUGUGUGGCAAUGCGACGACUGCAGCUGGUCUGACUGUAACUCUGUCCAGAGACAGUUCUUCUGGAGAUUUUUCUUUGGAAGCUGGUGCCCUUGUGCUUGGAGAUCAAGGCAUUUGUGGAAUAGAUGAGUUUGAUAAGAUGGGUAACCAGCACCAAGCCUUGCUGGAAGCUAUGGAACAGCAAAGCAUCAGCCUCGCCAAGGCUGGUAUUGUUUGCAGUUUGCCAGCGAGGACGUCAAUCAUAGCGGCUGCAAAUCCAGUUGGGGGACACUACAACAAGGCCAAAACAGUAUCUGAGAAUUUAAAAAUGGGGAGCGCUUUAUUGUCGCGAUUUGACUUGGUGUUCAUACUGCUGGAUAUACCGAAUGAAGAUCAUGACUACCUGCUUUCCGAACACGUGAUGGCAAUGCGAGCAGGAAAACAGACUGGGUGCAGCAGUGCUGUAGUGCUUCGCGCGAGCUCUCAGAAUUCGAACAUAUCAGUCCUUGAAGCCGUUUCAGACAAACCGUUGUUGGAAAGAUUAAAGGUCAUUCCAGGAGAAAAUUUUGACCCAGUUCCGCACCAGCUGUUGAGGAAGUAUGUUGGCUAUGCCCGUCAGUACGUGCACCCCACGCUAUCUCCAGAGGCUGCUCAGGUCCUCCAGGAAUUCUACCUUCAACUCCGACAACAAAGCCAAAGAGCAGACAGCACACCUAUCACCACACGACAGUUGGAAUCGUUGAUACGUCUUACCGAGGCACGGUCAAGGUUAGAAUUAAAAGAAAAGGCCACCAAAGAAGACGCUGAAGAUGUCAUAGAAAUAAUGAAAUACAGCAUGUUAGGAACUUACUCCGAUGAGUUUGGGAAGUUGGAUUUUGAUCGUUCGCAACACGGUUCCGGAAUGAGCAACAGGUCGCAAGCAAAGAGGUUUGUUUCUGCCCUUCAUCGUAUUGCAGAAAGAACCUACAACAGCCUUUUUGAGGUUCAACAGCUGCGGCAGAUUGCAAAGGAAGUAAAUAUAAAAGUAGCUGACUUUGAAAACUUCAUUGGCUCUUUAAAUGAUCAAGGUUAUUUCUUGAAAAAAGGUCCAAGGCUGUAUCAGCUUCAAACUAUGUGAAGGAAUUCAGCAACCAAAGUAACUGAGUUUUUGGAAGAGGAUCAGUAGAACACAACACGAUACUCUGUUAAGGCUACCAAGGCUUAAAUGAAAGACCUUUUAAAAAAAUCAGUACUUUGUUACACCAGGUGGUACAAAAUAUGUGAGAAACCUGCUCAGAUAGGUUAUUAUUAUAAUGGAGAAAAUGACUUCAGCUGCCAUUUCAAAGUCAUGUAAAUAAGUAGAACUUAAACAAGAAGUGAAACUUAUGCGUUGUUUUAAGAUCCCAUCUUCAAAUGGCACUGCAAGAAUGUUAAUCCAACAUGUUUAAUUGCAACUGCAAUGAUUAAAAAUGCUUUGCAUAUUCUCAUGUUGCAUUCUGCAGUAAACACAUUGGCUCUAUGCAGACAAGCAGAAACAUACAAGUGUGUUUUGUGUUCACAAAAGGCUUCCUUUUGGUUUAUGUGUGGUAGUUUUCAGAGGUGAGUUGUGCUGCUGGUCUGCUUGCUGUUAGAUCUUGUGUUCCCCACUCGUUCCUUUCGCUGUUUUGCGUGUCGGUUGAAAAGGCUUCCUUUUCAGUUUUUAUCUCAGUUCGUAAAAGUGUGUAACUCAUUCAUGAUUCUUGUAUGAGUGAUUGCCUUUUAAAAUGUUCAUUUUGAAAACUUGGGCACACUAGUAGUGAAUUGAUAUUUUGUUUAAAUACAACAACUGAUGCACUCAGUAAUUAUAUUGGGUUGCAUCCAACCAAGGUAUGCUUGGGUUAGAUUCAUUGGAUUUAAAGUUAGUCAUGUCCAUUCAUUUCAAUGGAUCUAUUCUAAGUGUAGCUAAUAUUGGAUGCAACCCAUAAUAUUUAGCAUGGUUUUAAAAAAGGGAGAGAAAGUGUGUCAAGUGAAGGAAACGUGAUUUUGAAAUAGUUCUAUAUUGUAUUGAAAUUAUCAUUGGCUGAUAGCCAGUUUCAUAGGCAGGUUUUGAAGAUUGUAAGACUGCUUACAAUCAACCAUAGGCUUGGGAAUACCAGAGAAAUUUCCAGCACAGGGCACUAAUACUGUUUUAGAAUGCUAUUAUUUUUCCAUUACAUUUGUAUAGAAAAGGAAGGUAUCAGCUGUGAUUUACACCCAUGAAUGUAUUGAAUUUGCUUAUGGGUAGAAUAGGAAUACUUUGUGCCAUUCCCCAUGUUGUGCCUACCUAUUGCUGGUUAGGUAGAAGAGGAGGGUUGGGUCUUGCGUGAUCAUUUGGGAAUAGUAGACCAUUGCUGUUCAAGUGAAUCACAGCCUGAACUAAGGCGGCUCACAACAACAGCAUUGCCACCAUACAAACAUACAGUAAAAAGUUAAGGGAUGCAUGGUUGGGUUAAAGCUGCAGCCCUUGUCUUCAAAGGUUUAAUAUUACUCAUGUAGACAGUCCUGUAGCCUUUGAAUUGAUCAGGUACUUUUGCUGCGUCCUUAGAAGUAUCUUAAAUUCAGAAAGAAACCAAUCUGCUGACAUUUUAAAAUUAUGGACAGAGUCAACACCUCCCUCCACAACCUGCUGUUACGUUCAUCUAUUUAUUUGUGUGCAAUAAAGCUAUUCUGUUUUGUUUUAAGCAUUCGUUUAUUGCUUUCUGUGAAUAAAGCUAUUUUUUAAAGGAAAA